ACUUUAAAACAAAAUUCACGAAAAGGCGACAUUUUUUUAAUGCGCUUUUACAAACCUUAUUUAAAAAAUGUCUCAAUAUGAUGAAGAAAAAGAUAACUUUGAAACUAAGAUAUCAAUAGAUAAUGGAGUACGAGAGAUAGCAUUUAUUAAAAGUGAUGCUAAAAAGAAUGUUUUUAAAGAAAUAAAGGAUAUAAACAAAUUUAUAAAAUCUGUUAAUAAUAGACAAUAUUCGAGUAAGAACUCAUUAGUUUGUGAUAACGAUAUCACUAAUAAAAAGGAAGUUUAUCAAAUUGCCAUUUCUAAAAAUGGAAAAUUUGUUGCUACAUUUGAUUCAGCAAACCUUCGAAUUAAAAUAUUGGAAAACACUGAUUGUCGUCCAUUCAAAAUCGGAAAGAAGAAAGAUAUGGAACUCAAUAACGAUAAUAAUUCUGAUAGAAUUAAAAAGACAAUCGUACAUUUUAAAUUGAAAACUGAUCUUACUAUUGAUAAGUUUUAUAGCGAAGGUUUCAUCCCUCCUUUAUUUAAUGGUUCUUCAAGCAAUGAUGAUGAUAAAAAAUUUCGAUGGUCUUUCGAUAUAUCGAAUGUAUGCAUGAAUGAAAAUAAACAUUUUAUUUAUGUUGCCAUAUCUUGCAUAGUUGACGAUGAUAUGAGGAGAACGAUAGAUGGGAAAGAGAAAAAAAAAGGAACUACCGUCAUUUAUUCAAUUGAACUGAUAAAAAAUAAUCAAGAAAAUUAUGUUUUAAAUAAAAAUACUGAUACUUUUUAUCAAAUACAUGAAAUUUCAGGAAUAUGUAGAUUUGCAGAAAUAUUUGAAAACAAAGUUUCUGAUAACGAAUUCUUUGUUUUAAAAAGAUUCAUAAUAUUUAAUUUUUAUGGUAUCCAUAGUUUCAGCCGUAAGGAUAGUUUUAAAUUGGAUAUGACAUUUAAUUAUCCAAAAAAUAUCAGACGUGAAUUAGAUUCAUUAGAUCCUUCAGAAAUAUAUAAUUGCAUCAGUAUACUUUAUUCUUGUAUUUGUGGUAAAUAUUUUCUAGUUGAACAAUAUAAAAAUAAUGUACAAUUACUUGAAGUUUAUGAUCUAACGACAAUGAAAUUAGAUACUAUCACAAAAAGGGUCGAAAAAAGUCAGGAUAAGCUCUUAAGACGGUACAAUAGAAAUGUUUACUCAAUCAGUAUGAAUAAAUCACAACUCUGCUUUACACGAGGACUUAGAUCUGUCAAGUUAUAUUUUAUGGAAAAUGGUUUGGAAGUCACUUCAAAGAAAUUUAAUAAAUUAGAAAAAAUUCAUUCAUUAGAAUUCAUUGAAAACGAUAGGAAAAUACUUGUGAUAGGUGAAACUCAGAAUAAAAAACUGAAAUAUAUAAUCUGGGACAUUUACAAUAAUGAAGAAACAAAGCCGACAUCGUUAGAUAAAUUUCUUACAAUAAAUAAUUUUGGUAAACGUUUAGCCGGGUCUCCGGGAAAUCUUUUACAAGUCAAUGAUGAAGGAAAUGUUAUAUCGAUUCUUAAAUGGAUCGAGAAAUCAUUAAAACUAAACCAAGAAAAAAAUGUUGAAAAGAAAUUUCCUCCUCAAGAUUUAAAACACUUUAAAGACAAAAAACCGGAUGGAAGUUUGGAUAAAAGGCAUAUUAUAUAUUAUAAUAAAAAUAUAAACCCAGAUUUCAAAUCAAUAGUUUCUGAGAAAGAGCCAUGGGUGUUAGGUGAUUACGAUAGACAUUCUUAUUGCCUUCAUCAAAAUAAAAAUGGAUCAGAGAUAGAUACUUUACAACUUAUAGUCGGUAGAUCCACUGUUCAAAUUUGGCAUCAGGUCCGAGAUGACAGUAAGCCUAGAGAUGAACUUCCUAACAAAGGAGAACCAUUUCUUGAAUAUAUAUGGACGAAUGGUAUUCCAGUAAAUCAAGAAAGGAAAAAAACAAGAUUACGGAUAGAAACCUUUAAAUAUGGAUCGAAUGAUGAUAAAUCAAAGUUAACCGAUUUCUAUUUGAAAGUUUAUUGGUACGAAAGAGCUUCAAAAAAAGUGGAUGAAAAAGAACUCGAGAAAAUAAUAGUAGAAGAUAAUAAAAUAAUUGAUAAAUUGGAAAAUAAAGUGGACAAAAAGGUAAUAAUGGAAACGGAAAAUAACAAUGAGGAGGGAGUAGGAAGGAGGGAAAAAGUAAUUCGGUGUCAAGACGUUAUUGAUAAAAUUAGUGCAAUCAGGUGUGCAUGUAAAGCAUUGGAAUAUAUUAAUAAACGUACGAAGUUUCUUGUAAAUUAUGUUAAAGAACAUCGCUGCGAGGAAAUAGUGGCAUAUAUUAAUCAUAUAAUAUGCAGAUUUAUUAAAUGCAAGCCUGAAGAUUAUAAAUUGUUAGAUGUCCGAUACAAUGUUAUGAAAAAUUUAAUUCUUGGUGAUUGUGAUCAUUUGAUAAAAUUUACAUUAUUCGAAAACAAUGACGAGGAUAAAAAAGCUACUAAGUUACAUAUACCGAGGAAUAUGUUCUGGAAAAAAGGAAAGUUUAUUGACGAUGAUACUAAAAAUGAUGAAAUAACGAACGUUAUGGAAUUAGCAAUUCAUCAUUGCAAAGGACGUGAAAUAAAGGAUACUAUCAUUGUUGCUUAUCUUUUGGAAUAUUAUUCUAGACAUGCAACGGAUUAUGCUGGUUGGAUGAGUACCGUUUCUAAGGCGCUUCCUCUAUUAUUUAAAUACAAUUACGAUGAUUGUGUUACAAAAUUGUUUCGUAAAGAAUGUUUUGCAAACCAAAAUUACUUUUCAGCACAGGAUCCCUAUAAUAUUAUUCCAGAGGAAUAUCAAGAAAGACGUAAUCAUAAUAUUAAAUUUAGAGCCUUCGGGGUCAAUCUGCGGUCUAAUGAAUAUAAGUGGUACGGCGGGAUUUUGAAAUCACUAGAAUCUCUCAAAAUUAAAACGUAUAAAUUUUUCGGAGAACUUGAUAAUAAUGAUGUUGAGAAGAAACCAUUGGCUUUACGAGUGGUUCCACUUCCUGAAUUUACCACAAAUAGGAUUAAUCAACAGGAAGAAGUGGAGUGUAAUAUUAUUUUAAAAAUUAUUUAUUCCUUUUUUAUACCACGGUGGUAUAAAAUUGGUCGGGACGAGAAGCAUAAGUUGAGUCCUUUUUCCAGAGUAGUGUAUUACGAAAAUAAUGAUGAUAUUUAUGAUAACCCAGCAACCGAAGCGAUUAUCGAUUUUCGUUGGAAAAAAGCAAAAAAUUUCUUUUUUCUCCUUUUUCUCAGAUUUCUUCUUUUUAUCUUUUGUUUUGGAUUGAUUAAUGCGGCAUACUUGGAUCAUGGCACUAUUAUAAAUGUAGAAUUCUUAGUUUUAUUAAUUAUUAUAUUCUACUAUUUAGCAGCUUUUUUAUUUAUCACUGAAGUUAUACAGUUAUUCUAUCAUGGACCCAGAAAAUAUUUUGGUGACAUAUAUAAUAUUUUUGAUAUAAUUUCGAUUAUACUUCCUAUAAUAGUAAUGUCAAUAAUGCUUAGGGAUUUUCAUUAUUCUAAUGGCUUUGGAAAUGUUGAGAUAAUUGACACUAAAUUAAUUGUGUGGAUGUCUGUGACGAUUUUUUUUCUUUGGAUGGAAGCGAUUUCAUAUCUCCGUUUAAUACCAAAUAUCGCUACCUACAUUUACUAUGUUAAAAUAAUUACUAAAGCAGUAUUUCCGUUUCUUUUGUUUAACAUUGUCGUAAUAAUGGCAUUUGCUCAUACAAUGCUUAUUUUGCUUAAAGAAACAAAGAAUAUUGAAACUAAAGAUACAACAUUUAGCGGAACUGCUACAAAUCCUGUAAACGGUCAAGAACUUGAUGUCAAAAUGAAAGCUGAUUUUCAUCCUGAUGACAUGAACGAUAAUCCAUUUUCAUACUUUCCUACAGCAAUAGUGGCUACAUAUUAUUGGCUUAAUGGUGAUUUUAUUCAAAGGGACGAAUUUGAUUUUUGGGCUGUUGAAGUUCUUUCUUUGAUUGCUAGUAUCCUUCUUGUAACCAUUUUGCAAAAUAUGUUGAUUGCUUUUAUGGGUGGUGUGUAUCAAAAAGCAGAAACUAAAGGUAGACAAGCUUUAUUAAGAUUUAGAGCAAAUCAAAUUGCAAAUUAUGAAGCAUUACAUCAUUAUAAUUUCUGGCCUUACGAACCUGAUCCAAAAUAUAUUUAUUAUGUCAGUCAAUCAAAAAUUUUUGUAGAAUGGUAUAAUAGUAGAAAAAAUGAUCAAGAUCCUAUUUAUAGUGAUUUUGAAAACAAAUCAACUUACACAAAACAUGUAUUUGAAGAAAAAAAUUAUGAUAUUCAUUCAAUUUGGGAUUAUGAAGAAGAUAAUAAGAUGAAAAUUAAUAAAAAUGAUGAUAAAAAUAAAAAUGUUAAACAAAAGAAUAAAGUUGAUAAUAUUGAGAAGGAAAUUAAAAAUGAUGAUAAUAUCAAAGAUAUUAAGAAGGAUAUUAAAGAUGAUGAUAUUGAAGCUAUCAAAGAAGAUAUUAAAAAGAUUGGAAUUGAAAAUAUGAAAAAUAUGAAUGAUAUCAUUGGCAGAUUGCUUAAAACUCUUAAUUAAACAUUCUUAAUUUAUUUAUCAGUUAUUUUUUAUGUUUAUUUCUGGUUUAGUUAUUUCUUAUAGAA